UGAACAGUUCGAAAUGUUUCUUCGUCAUAUUCAUAGUUAUUUAUAUUUGUAUAGCAAUGGCUGUCGACGGCCUGGCGAUUCAAACUAUUUGGAUGAACGUAGCUGCAUUUUGUUCCCUGAGUGAUCUUGGAAGAUUACAGUCAACAUGCAAAUAUCUCAACGCGAUUCUUUCAUGCAAUUCAGUUUGGAAGAUUCAGUGGAAAAAGUUGUAUAGAUUAUUUGACCUGGAGGAAAAGUACAGGGACCGUGUUGAUUCCUCGGCUCUUGUACCCUUCUUGUACCAGAACCUCUGCUUUCGUCUCCUGUCAUGUCUCAGACGCAGGGAAUGUUCACAGCAAUGGUUUGUCAUGAACCAACAGGAUGAAGUCGAAUCCUUCAACAUUGCACAGAACCUCACAUCAUUUUCGUUCUUUGAUUCAACUCAGCUGUGGCGCAGGGCCGAGUCCUCGCGGCACAUCCGUUUGCGCUCGGCGUUGUCUACAGUAGUUCCUCUUCGCAGACUGAAGGCGUGUGAUGCAAGGUUCCUGGAUGCUGCAACAGAUCACAUGCUGCUUGGUGGCAUAGCUCAGAAAGAUAACAGUUUUGCUGAACUCUGGCCUUUCCUGGAGUCUGAGAAGAAGGCCUUCUACAACCAUCGAAUCGCGAUGCUACUGAGGAAGGGGCGGAAGGGGAGAGAGAAAUGCUUCUCACAGGUCUCAGGGUUGGAGUGUGGCAUGCCGCUGCAGUUCUGCUCUCUGAACCUGCUGGGAAGCGGAUGGAAAGUGCGGAAGAGGGUUCUGCAAGCCCUUGAGGACACCACCAAUGCUGCCAUCAAGAUCGGUGGAAUCAAGAACUCUGAGCUGAGGUGUAGCCUGCAGGAGUUAUUCCGUCCAGGAUUGAUCAGAGACUUCUCUCAAGAAGCGGAGCCGAUCUGUCUCCGAACCCCCAUCAAUAUGAUUCCAAAAGACCUGGAAAUAGUCAAGGACCUCUUCUUUCGUGUCCUGGGAUACACUUGCAUCUUACCGUUCAACGUAGCAUCCCAUGUCAGCGACAACGCCAGAGCAGAGACAUGCCUCAUUAUAGAGAGCUACGUCCAUCACACUGUCAUCACACCCAUCAUCGAUGGCAUUCUGUGCUCAGACCUGGUGAGAUGCAAACCCAUCGGCUUUGCUCAUGUCCUGGAUUAUCUGGUUCUAAGUUUGGUAGUGAAGAACCCAAACCUCAGUAAGAUCAGAGCGCCAUCCCUCAUGCUGAACACGAAUCCUGAACGCAUGACCCUUGCCCUUUCACCUGCUCGUGACCUAAUGGCUGCCGUCCGUCCAGAAAACCCUUCAGAGUAUGCCUACAAUUCACAGCUUGGUGUUUUGCAGUCAGGUACUGCACUUCAGCUCAAAGAGAGCAUCCUAUGCGUCUUCCAAGGAAUCGACUCGUGUAAGCGCUCAGAGUUCCUAGUCCUUCUGGCAACCGAGUACAUGUACAAGUGCCUUGACCUUGUCUCCAUGGUAACCGAACUCCUCGGCCAGUUUGACCUUCUCAACGUGCGGCGAUUGGUGAGUCGCAUCUUCUUCGUCGGGGAGAACACGCGGAUCGGUAGCUUCCGGGAGAGGUUCGAGAGGGACCUGCGGGUGAGUCUCAACCGGUUGGGGGCGGUGUUCGGAGGAGAGUUUGCCAGGCAGCAGCGAUGGCCGAUACACUGCGUACACGCAGAGGUGGAGGACAGACCAAACUGUCUGUUUUCUGAUACCUUCACCACCAUGGACUAUAUCCUUCAAGGCCCUGAUUUCUUCUGAAUCUCCCUUUAUUUCUUUUUUAAUUAUUUAUUUGGUACUUUCAAGAAAUAUAACAAUAAAACAAUAUAAUCAUGGUGUUUACAAAAUUAGAAUGACAACAAUUAUACAAAUACAACUGUUUGUAGCAAUAUUCUAAGUGCAAAAGAUGGCAGCCAGGGAAAAACAGAGCAAACUUAAUUACUGUAACCGUAAUGGUCUCUUUGCCAAACCAACUGAUGCACUCAGAUGGUGCCUCCUCCCCAAUGAACACCCUAUACAAAGGGUAGUUAAUAUGAGGAUAUGCAAUUGACAACCAUGAACAAUACUUUCCAAAUCACAAUUUCUGCAGGAUCUUCCUUUCAAUGCACCCAUUUGAGGCUUGCCUCUAAGGAACAUGCAUGUCUACAUCCUAUAUAAAGAAAAGUCAGCAGAAUCUGCAGUUUUACAAAAUAGCACAUAUCUUUCAGGACCCUAAUUUCUUUUAGGUCUCAAGGAACAUGGAUGUUUUGUCCUAUCCAGCUGAUAGAAGGGCUAAUGUGCAAUUUACCGUCAUCAAUAUAUUCAAGGCCCAAAUUUCUUUUGAAUCUCUCUUUCAGUUCAUUCAUUUGAGCCUUGUUCCAUAGGAACAUGGAACAUUUUUUUUAUUAUCUAAAAUCCAAAGGAUAGUUGAAUAAUUCAAUUUACCUUCAUGGGCUAUAUCUUUUAAGGUCCUAAACCUUUCCCAGCAUUCAUUCACCUAUUCAUCCACCCUUCCUUCCAUCCAUCUGUUAGUAUCAUAUCCUUAAUACCGGAGUUACAUACUAGUUAUAUUUAAGAGGCCUAAAUAACAAGAUGUUACACAAAGGUUCUUCAUUUACUGCAUGUAUUUCACUUUUACAAGUCUGCCACAAGGUAGCGCCAUUUCACUAUCAAUAUUGGGAUAUAUUAAUAAUCUCAUUACACCUUUCCUUCUUUAAAGAAGCAUGUCAUUAUAUAAACUAAAAUAAUACCAACAAUGUUGCUCAGAAUUAAGCAGUACUGAAACAUUUGAGUAUCUUAUAUAAACUUUCAAAACCUGUUCUUUGUAUUGUAAAUAUGUACAUGUAUGUGUGUAUUCCUAAAAAACCAGCUCACACAUUUUGGAUAUAAUAACAAGUGAUUCAAUUAUCACUGAGGUAUAAAGCUACUGAAGCGACUUCAACAAACUUAUAUUUAAAACUUAAUAUACACAGCAACUCCACAGAUGAACUUCCUUAAUUCUUACUUACUAUUAAGCUGUUCUUUGUUCAGUUGAGUUUCUAAUCUUUUAGAUAUGCUGGCUGUUUUGUCUGCCACUGACUUCUGCAGAAUUGAUCCGAGUUCUGCCCGGAGUUGUCACUACUCGAUGUCGUGUUUGUUGGUGAUGUGGUUGGAGAUGUGUUUUGAGGAUAGUCCGUUACGGAAGAUUGUUGAUCCACAACCAAGUCACUAUUAUCGUUGAACUGUUCAUUUGAUUUUCGAUGUUCAGUUCUGAUGGAGUACGACCGAAUACCGACUUUCUUGAGUACAAUGGCACUUUCCCAGGCCCUGGCAUCCUUUUUCGGCUUGACUAUUACGGUAUCUCCAACUUUGAGUUCAAGCAGAUCUUUGGCACUGCGGUUAUAGUAUUGUGCCUGCUUUUCGCGAUUCUUCUCUUUUCGUUCAUCAAUGUCUGUUUGCAGCUAUACGAGGGUCCAUUGUCAGCUAGGACCGUUUCCGGGAUUCGUCAAAUUCCUCUGCAAUCUAGUUAUCACAGCUGGCGCAUCCUUCUUCCCGGUCCCAGUAAUCCGAAAAAUAGUCCACUGUACAUAGAUAGUCAUGGCCAUCUAGCGCGAAAAUGUCACAUCCAUUUUCUGCCAUGGACGCGUUGGUAAUUCAUGGUGUAUGAGGGUUUCCUUCCUUUGUGAUGAAGCAUAUAUGUUGCAUGCUUCACACCACGAUAAGUAGUCUUUCAUGUCGGAUGUCAUAUUCGGCCAAUAGACACAUUCCCUCGCUCUUUGUAGUGUGUUCUCGAGGCCUGUGUGACUGGCAUGUAGUUUCUUGCGAAUUUCACCUCUCAUGUCCGUGAGGAUGACACAUCUCAGUACUUUGAACAUGAUACCGUUCGCGCUUGUUCGUGACGAAUGCUGAAGAACGGUUUUGCCUCUGACGUACAAGCCUGGCUAGUGCUCGGCCAUCCUGAAGCAAUAUAGUCCAUCACUGCUUUCAGGGCUGUAUCGCGUGCGGUAGAUUGGCAGAUCUCUUGUUGCGAUAUCUGAGAUACGGGAAUUGCAUCAAUAAGGUGAAUACACUCGACCUCUUCUUCAAUGCCUGAUCUUUGAGGUCACUAGUUUUAUUUCUGAAAAACUUGUUUUAAUCGAUUUAAAGAUAUUGGGUAUUGUCGUAGUACGUGAUGAGACAGUAAAGGAAGCCCAAGAGACAUUUGUUAGUGUAACUGGUGCUUUAUUUAAAAAACGUUAAUUCUCGGUGUCCACACACAGAAAUGAAAUGUCUACAGCAAAUAACCCACUGAAGCCCCCAACUACAGUCCGGCAUCCUCAAGGAAAGAAGGAAGACACCAUGCAGCCAUCAAUCUACUCAGCAACACAAACUGCAAGUCCUCUUGCCCUCAUAAAGACUGCCAAACAGUUGAACUAAAACGUUCACCAAAAGUAACUGCAAGUUUCUCUAGCACAGGCACAGCCAAAACAUGCACUCUACCCUUGAACGUGACAAAAUGUGCUUCAAUACAAACAUGUGUGUUAAGACAUUAACGUGGGCGGUGUAUUACAAAAUCAAUUACCCAUCCGCGAAACCAUGUGUAACAUGUGUAGUGAACUAAUUUGCAUAAUCCACCUGAUCUUGAUAGCAACUUCCACACAAUCCUCAAUUGGUACUUCAAUGUCACGAACACCUCUUGGUACGCUCGAAAAAGGAAGACCGGGCUAGAUUUCCGCUUUGUUGUAUAAACCCAACAAUAUGCCAGUUGAGUAAAUUUAUUCAACCUGUAAGUAGAAUAAAGAUAAACAUCUUCAGUAUACAUCACGCAAAAUAUAUAUGUAUGCAUUUACUCUGUUCAUGCAUAAUUAAAAGCGUUAAAUUGCAAUCAUUGGCGGAUGCUGAUCUGGGCCCCUGAAUCUAGGAGCACAUUUCCUUCUCUCUUUAGCUGGUCUGUUCAAGUAAACCUAGCAUGGCUUCCAUCCCUCUUACAUGGGCUACUCCCACUGCAUUGUUGUCCAUACUGGGGUGUAAAAGCGGAUGAUGGAAGAACUUGCACGGUUGCCCUUUUUAUGUCUCUGGACACUGUCUCCUUUUCUUACAAGUAGCCAUCCGAUGCUCUGUACCGGCUUGCCUUAAACAGCUAUAACAAGCUCGGCUGCUCUUCACCAACUCCAAUCUCUCUGCUGUAGACUUAUCAAGGAAAGUUUUGCAUUGAUCAGUCCAGUGCCAUCCUUACUCUUGCAGAUCCAGCAGCGAUAAUCUUGCUGUCUUUCCUCAACUGUUGUGACCUGAUUAACAGCGGAUCUGGACUUGGAGGUUGAAUCAUUCCUCACUGGAGCAGAUGAUCCUUGAGGAUUCUCUCCUCCCUGCAUAAGACUUUCUCCUUGGCCACUCCUCCCAAAUGAUCGACUAAGGACGGGCCUUUGCAGCAUCUUUCAGCUGGUAGUGCCGACAAUAACUAUCGAAGUUGUCCAGCCACCCCUGCAGAGACAGAUCACCAGCAACCUGUGGAGAACCCUUAAACUUGCCCACCUUAACUGGUGGUGGCGCCUUCUGUACAUUAAGUCCUUGCAGAACACUGAUUAGUGUCUCUAAUAUCUGCACCACUGAUACGGCCAUCGUUACAAAGGCUGUAAAGGUACUAGUGGGACAAAACAGAUAAGUUACAAGUUACUAUACUAAAAGUACAUAAUAAUAAUACAAAACAAACAAAAUACAAUGAUAAACAAUUACAUAUCAGACAUAACAAAAAUUACAAAUAAACCUACAAAUUA